AUGACUGUUAGGAGAUCGAUCUCCGAGACAAAGCGAAAAUUUUUUUAUAACCUCUGUGUCUUCCUUACCACCGUUUCCACCUCCACCGUUGCCUCCUCCACCGUUGCCUCCUCCGCCAUUGCCUCCUCCGUUGCAACCACCAUCCCCACCAUCGCCUCCAUCGCCGCCACCACCACCGCCUCCAUCACCGCCACCACCGUCGCAUCCUUCGCCUCCAUUGCCAUCGCAACCACCAUCACCCCCAUCACCACCACCACCGUCACCACCACCGUCUCCACCAUCACCACCACCAUCACCUCCGUCACCACCACCGUCUCCACCGUCUCCGCCACUCUGUCCACCGACCCAUUUAGGAACGUAGAUAGGGAUGUAUUGCGGGCGGGAAGGAGGGAACACGUUGUUGACACUGCCACCUGGAUCCACACUGCUUUCUUCAUAACCACCGCCGCCGUCUCCACCGCCGUCUCCACCACCAUCUCCACCACCGUCUCCACCACCAUCUCCACCACCAUCUCCACCACCAUCUCCACCACCGUCGCCUCCUCCAUCUCCCCCGUCGCACUCUUCUUCACUACUACUGCUACUACUUCCUCCUCCUGUGCAACCGCCAUCGACUUCCGGAGCUAUAACAAAGGAAAAGAAAACUCCACCAGCAUCGCCACCGUCACCUCCAUCGCAGCCACCAUCACCUCCACAUCCGCCAUCUCCACCACCAUCACCUCCUCCACAAUCGCCGCCGCCACAGUCACCGCCGGCAUCACCACCAUCGCCUCCGCAAUCGCCGCCACCACAAUCUCCACCACCAUCACCUCCAUUUCCGCCAUCACAAUUAUUACCGCUACAAUCUCCUCCUCCGUCUCCACCAUUGCCCCCAUCUCCUCCUCCAUCACAUCCUCCGUCUCCACCGCCGCAUCCUCCGUCGCAUCCCCCAUCUCCGCCACCACCAUCGCAUCCUCCUCCGUCGCAUCCUCCAUCUCCGCCACCACCACCAUCGCAUCCUCCUCCAUCACCGGCGUCUGCUUCAGCAUCGCCUUCUUCCUCACUGCUGCUGCUGCUGCUACCACCUCCACCACCACCAUCGCCGCCAUCGCCGCCAUCACCACCGUCUCCACCUCCGUCUCCCCCUCCGUCUCCACCUCCAUCUCCACCUCCGUCUCCACCUCCGUCUCCACCUCCGUCUCCACCACCACCGUCACCACCUCCUCCAUCUCCACCACCUCCAUCUCUUCCACCUCCAUCUCCUCCGCCUCCAUUACCACCACCGCCGCCAUUUCCGCCACCCCCGCCGCC